AUGUCACAGAGUGAGUUUGUUUUACCAGGCCACAUUAUAAAAGAUGUGAAGUCUUUGAGAGGAGUAACCAUAUUAGGACCAGGUCUUCGGCAAAAUGAAGAUCAACCCAAUACCUUAUGUGUUACUCAACCAGGAAAACUUUGUAUUAAAAUGCCCAAUGUUUAUUGGAUUGAAGGUAACAGAAAUAGGUACAUUCCUCAAAAAGGUGAUCUGGUAGUAGGAGUUGUAGUGAAGAAAUCAGGGAAUACACUAAAAGUAGAUAUUGGAAGUGCGGAACAUGCUGCUUUGUCUAUGCUAAGUUUUGAAGGAGCAACGAAGAAGCAAAAGCCCGAUGUUCAAGUUGGAGAUGUAGUUUAUGCUAAAUUAUUAAAUGCACAUCGUGAAAUGGAAUCUGAGCUGGUGUGCAUAGACUCUUAUUACAAAGCAGGUCCAUUGGGGCUUCUUUCUAAUGAUGGAUUUCUUAUGAAUAUUAGCUUAACAUUAACACACAAAUUAUUAGACAUUCAAAAUCCUUUAUUAAGAACAUUAGGCAAGAAAUUUUGUUAUGAAAUUGUUGUUGGUGUGAAUGAAUCAUCACUUGAUGAAGUCAUGCGCUCGUCAGCUGGACGAGUCCAUUCUACAAUAACGAAGGGAGUAAUGCGCCCAGCGUCUCUUCAUACACAAGAACCAACGAGUUGCCUUUUUAGACUUCCACUUGACCUCUCUCCAAGUCAGAUCUCUUCAAAAUAUAGUAGUGUACCUCGUUCUCCUGCCGGGGGUCGCUAA